AUGGUGAUCAUGAAUCCCAAGUUCUGUUGUCUCCUGCUUCUGGCAUCCUGGUUAUUGAGUAUUCUGGACUCUCUAUUACAAAGCUUAAUGGUUUUGCGACUAUCUUUUUGUACAGAUUUGGACAUCUCCCACUUUUUCUGUGAACUUAAUCAAAUAGUUAAACUUGCUUGUUCUGACACCUUCCUCAAUGACUUAGUGAUGUAUUUUGUAACUGGACUUCUGGGUGUUAUUCCACUUAUUGGUAUCCUUUUCUCUUACAGUAAAAUUGUGUCCUCCAUUUUGAGAAUUACAUCAGCUGGGGGCAAGUCUAAAGCCUUUUCCACUUGUGGGUCUCACCUCUCAGUGAUUUCCUUGUUCUAUGGCACAGUUCUUGGAGUUUAUCUUAGUUCUGCUGCUACCCCAAACUCCAGGGUCACUGCAAUAGCCUCAGUGAUGUACACUGUGGUCACACCCAUGCUGAAUCCAUUUAUCUACAGUCUUAGAAAUAAGGAUGUAAAACAGGGCCUAAAAAAACUGUUCAACUUAGAAACAUUCUCUACAUAA